GUCUCUCUCCACUCUGCUUUUUUUCCUGCCCUCUUUUGAGCAUCCUUUGGUGAUCGUGUAGACCACAGCCGCAGUGGCUAGCAGCAGCAUCCAUGGCCUAAACGCAGAGGACUAAAACAUCCACCGGCCCGCCGUACCAAGGAUACGGGGACUUUAAAGACGAGGCUGGAAGUGUGCUCUGUUUUUUUUCUUACAUCUCUCCAUCUGGUAACCAGGGGCUUCUCUUCUCCCCUCCUCCCAUUUCAGGCUCCUUGGAGAUAGAGGAAUGCAAAUCUGCAAUCAUGAUGGAAGGAUUGAAAAAACGCACCAGGAAGGCCUUCGGGAUACGGAAGAAAGAAAAGGACACUGACUCUACGGGGUCACCAGACAGAGAUGGUGGAGAGUCCCAAGAGACUGAAUCGCCACAGAAAAAGACCAACGGUGCUCCAAAUGGCUUCUACGGGGAGAUUGAUUGGGACAGAUAUAACUCGCCUGAGUUAGAUGAUGAAGGAUAUAGCAUCAGGCCAGAAGAACCAGCCCCCAAAGAAAAGUCUCACUUUUUCUCCUCAAGUGAGUCUGAGGAAGAGGAGGCACACUUAAAAAAGUUUAAAAUCAAAAUCAGACCGCUGCCAGCAGACGCUAACAUUGCAACUCCCUCGGUAGAUGAAUUAAAAGCCUCCAUAGGCAACAUAGCUCUGUCUCCCUCGCCUCUGAGGAAUAGUCCGAGACGUAGCCCGGGGCUGGCUAAAAGAAAUCCCGGUGAAGAAAUUGCACGACCAAGACGUGCUGUUCCAGCGCCUGCUCCUGCUCCUGCUCCUGCUCCUGCUCCUGCUCCUGCUCCUGCUCCUGCUCCUGCUCCUGCCCCUUCCCCGACACCUGCACCUCCACCCCCUCCUGAGCCUGCUAGUAAUAAGAAAUCUCCAGUGCCAGAGGAUGCAACAGCCUUAUUCGGCCCUCCGCUGGAGACAGCCUUUGAUGAGCAGAAGACCAGUGAAGUGGUGAUAGAGGAACCUGAGGUUUGGGGUGCACCCCUGCCUGAGCAACACCUAGACUCCUCUCUGGCAAGACCUUUUCCUACAGGAACUCUGCCUCCGCUUCCGCCUAAGAAUGUGCCGACUUCCCCCCCUCCGAUUGAAUCUCCUGCUACAGAACCUACCGAUGGACAGAAAGAAGAAGAAAAUUCAAGGCAGACCUCGCAGAGGCCCUCUAUAGCUGAUCUAGACAACAUUUUUGGUCCAGAAGACUCUCCAAAACCUGGUGAAGAUGUUGGAGAUAAGUGGGUCUGCUUCAAUGAUGAGUCACCUCAAGGACCUCUUUCGGAGGGAGAGCCAGCACCUCCACUACCCUCAUCUCCACCUCCCCCAGCAGAACCAGCACCCCCAUUACCUAAAUCACCCCCUCCAACAGAGGAGCCGAAUCCUCCUUUACCAAAAUCUCCACCUCCUCCUGCAGAGCCAGCACCUUCUCCUCCUUCCAUUGAGUCACCAAAGGAUAGCCUCCCUCCUGUCCCACCUGUUCCCAAAGACACCACUCCUUCUCCCCCAACUGUCCCUCCUCCUCCGAUUGAAGAGGCCCCACCACCCCCGAAACCAGAUGAUCUUUCUUACUCCAAAACAGACUUUGCGGCAUGUGAGUCCCAAUCAGACUCGACCAACAGCCCUCCAACCACUGUAGAGACAAGUGAACGCACAAUCCCUCCACCCUUGGUUCUGAACCAAGAGGACAAGAAGAGCCCUGAGGAGACCCCAUCAAAAGAGGACCCAAGUGAGAGCAGCGCUUCACCCAAAGAGAUCAGUCAAGGACUGCGCUCAACACCUCCUCCUCCUCCACCUCCCACAUAUAGGGCGGUGGUGUCAUCCCCAGGGCCCAUACCUCCAGCUGCAACAAGUGGAAAUGAAAGUGGCUCCUCCUCCCCUGCACGUCCCUCUACGCCAUUGACUACAAGCAGCUCUCCCCCUCCCCCUCCCCCACCUCGGCCACCCUCACGACCCAAACUGCCACCUGGGAAACCAAGCGUAGGGGACGUGAAUCGGCCGUUCAGCCCCCCUGUACACUCGUCAAGCCCCCCUCCUCUGGCUCCGUUGGCCCGUGCAGAAAGCACUUCUUCAAUCUCCUCCACCAACUCUCUGAGUGCCGCCACUACUCCCACCGUCGGUAAAGAGCUCUCCGUGUCUGUGUCAGAAGAUGACGCAUUUGUAGACAAACUUCCCAGCUUUGAGAGGCGGGCAGACUUGCCAGCAGGCUGCUCUCGAGGGCCCAGUCCCCUCACAAUGGGGGCCCAGGACACCCUGCCCGUGGCUGCAGCUUUCACAGAGACAGUCAGUGCCUACUUCAAAGGAGCUGACCCCAAUAAGUGUGUGGUGAAGAUCACCGGAGAGAUGGUGUUGUCCUUCCCGGCGGGCAUCACACGGCAUUUUGCAAAUAACCCAUCGCCUGCUGUGCUAACCUUCAGCAUAACCAACUACAGUCGUCUGGAACACGUCCUUCCUAACCCUCAGUUACUGUGCUGUGACACCACACAGCCCAAUCCUGACUCAAAGGAGUUCUGGGUGAAUAUGCCAAACCUGAUGACCCAUUUAAAGAAGGUGGCCGAGCAGAAACCACAAGCAACUUACUACAAUGUAGACAUGCUGAAAUAUCAGGUGUUACCGAAGGGCCUACAGUCCACUCCUCUAAAUCUAGCAGUGAGCUGGAGGUGUGAGCCCACCAGUACCGAUCUGAGGAUAGACUACAAGUACAACGGUGGUGCCAUGACCACUCCUGUUGCCCUCAACAACGUUCAGUUCCUCAUUCCUGUGGACGGAGGCGUCAGCAAACUACAGGCAGUGCUUCCCCCGGCUGCCUGGAAUGCUGAACAGCAGAGAAUCUUAUGGAAGAUUCCAGAUAUUUCUCAGAAGUCUGAGAAUGGAGGUGUGGGAUCUCUGCUGGCCCGUUUCCAGCUGACGGAGGGUCCCAGUAAACCGGCUCCGGUGGCCGUGCAGUUCACCAGUGAGGGCAGCACUCUGUCAGGCUGUGACAUUGAGCUGGCUGGCCUCGGGUAUCGAUUUUCCCUCAUCAAAAAGAGGUUUGCAGCAGGAAAAUACAUGGCGGACAACUAAACGACCUGACGCCAGUCUGCAUAUUUUGGACCAAUUCUGAGUAUUUAAAACACAGGACAUGACCCCUACCUGACCUUAUGGAUAAACCUUUGUAGAUGUACAAUACAGGUGGACCUCACACACACACACACUCCAGCAGUAUUAUAUGAGUUGCAUUAUAAAAUGUGGACCGUUUUAGGGUGUACUUCUUAUAUUUGUGAACCGUACUCACUUUGCAACAUC